GGGGGGUCCUGGGCCCCUGGGUGCCCUGCUCGGGGGGUCCCUGUCCCUGUCCCUCUCCAUCCGGGGGUCCCUCACCUGUGAGGGGCCUCGGGGUCCUCCAUGAGGUGUGCAGGAAUCCAAGAAAACACGAGGGGAUUCACGAAGGCUCCUUGUGCCUCGACUUGCACCGGGUGAAACACCCGCUGGGUGUCACGGGACGUGGACGUUUUUUGUCCCAUUUCAUCCCAGAACGUGCUUCGAGGGGCUUAAGCAGGUGCUGUGAGUCUUGGAUCCCCCGGCACGUCCCCGGGGCGAGGAUGUCUGAUGGCUCCCGGGUGGUGCUGAGGCUGCUGAGCUGGAAGAGAGAUGGGGAAAAGGUACUUCUGUGAUUACUGCGACCGCUCCUUCCAGGACAACCUCCACAACAGGAAGAAACACCUCAACGGAGUGCAGCACCUGCGGGCUAAGAGGGCCUGGUACGACUUGUUCCGAGAUGCCGCUGCCAUCCUGCAAGAGGAGCAGAGCAAGAAACCGUGCCGCAAGUUCCUGCAAACAGGGCAGUGCGAUUUCGGGGCCAACUGCAGGUUUUCCCACAUGACGGAGCAGGACCUGGAGAAGCUGAGCGCCCAGGUGCAAGCAGGGGAGCAGCGGCUGAAGGAGCUGCGGCAGGAGGGAGCGGACGUCCCGCUUGGCACCAUCGAGGACUGGCUGGAGAAGAGGGCGAAGAGGCUGAGCGCGGCUCAGAGCAACAGCGCCCUGCCUGAGAAGCCGCUGCCCUUCCAGUACCCGCCGGGCUGGCCACCGCCGCAGGAGCUGCCCCCGUCCCUGCAGGCCCCCCCACCUGGGGGGUGGCCGCUGCCCCCCGACCUGCAGUGGGGCUGAGGCGCCCUGCUGGGGCUGGAUGUCACCCUCGCCUGAGAAAAGCACUGAAUUAUUGACCUACGCUUUUAUUUUAAUAAAUUUUUCCCCCCCGCA